UGUCUGGGCCCUUGACCCCCAUCUCUUCUGUGCCUCCUCCUGCUUCAGGGACAGAAGAUGUGCUCCAGGAUCCCUCUGUUGCUGCUGCUCCUGCUAUUGGCCUUGGGGCCCAGGGUACAGGGCUGCCCGUCCGGCUGCCAGUGCAGCCAGCCACAGAUGGUUUUCUGCACUGCCCGCCAGGGGACCACAGUGCCCCAAGAUGUGCCGCCCGACACGGUGGAUCUGUAUGUCUUUGGAAACGGCAUCACCACUCUCGACGUGGGCAGCUUUGCUGGCCUGCAGGGCCUGCAGCUCCUGGACCUAUCACAGAACCAGAUCGACAGCCUGCCCAGCGGGGUAUUCCAGCCCAUUGCCAACCUCAGCAACCUCGUCCUGACCGCCAACAGGCUGCGCGAGAUCACCAACGAGACCUUCCGUGGCCUGCGGCGCCUUGAGCGCCUCUACCUGGGCAAGAACCGCAUCCGCCACAUCCAGCCCGGCGCCUUUGACACGCUCGAUCACCUCCUGGAGCUCAAGCUGCAGGACAAUGAGCUGCAGGUGCUGCCCCCGCUGCGCCUGCCCCGCCUGCUGCUGCUUGACCUCAGCCACAACAGCCUCCCGGCCCUGGAGCCCAGCGUCCUGGACACCGCCAACGUGGAGGUGCUGCGGCUUGCUGGCCUGGGGCUGCGGCAGCUGGAUGAGGGACUCUUCGGCCGCCUGCGCAACCUCCACAACCUGGAUGUGUCCGACAACCAGCUGGAGCGGGUGCCGCCUGUGAUCCGUGGCCUGCGGGGCCUGACGCGCCUGCAGCUGGCUGGCAAUACCCGCAUUGCCCAGCUGCGGCCCGAGGACCUGGCUGGCCUGGUCGCCUUGCAGCAUCUGGACCUGAGCAACCUGAGCCUGCAGGCCCUGCCGAGCGACCUUGUGGGCCUCUUCCCCCGCCUGCGGUUCCUGGCAGCUGCCCGCAACCCCUUCAACUGUGUGUGUCCCUUGAGCUGGUUUGGCCCCUGGGUGCGUGAGAGCCGUGUCAUGCUGGCCAGCCCCGAGGAGACACGCUGCCACUUCCCGCCAAAGAACGCUGGCCGGCUGCUCCUGGAGCUUGAUUAUGCUGACUUCGGCUGCCCAGCUACCACCACUACAGCCACGGUGCCCACCACGAGGUUCGCGGCAUGGGAACCCACCCUUCCACCAUCCAGCUUAGCUUCCACCUGGUUGAGUCCCACAGAGGUGGCCACCCAGGCCCCCAGCCCACCAUCCACUGCCCCCCUGACUCUGGGGCCUGCCCCCCCACCCAAGGACUGCCCAGCGUCCACCUGCCUCAAUGGGGGCACAUGCCACCUGGGGGCAGGGCACCACCUAGAGUGCCUGUGUCCUGAGGGCUUCACAGGCCUAUACUGUGAAAGCCGGGUGGGGCAGGGGACACGGCCCAGCCCCACACCGGCCACACUGAGGCCCCCAGGGCCCCUGCCCCUCAGCAUUGAGCCGGUGAGCUCCACCUCCCUGCGCGUGGGGCUGCAGCGCUACCUGAAGGGCAGCACCGUGCAGCUCAGGAGCCUCCGCCUCACCUACCGCAACCUGUCGGGCCCUGACAAGCGGCUGGUGACACUGAGGCUGCCUGCCUCACUUGCUGAGUACACGGUCACCCAGCUGCGGCCCAACGCCACCUAUUCCAUCUGCGUCAUGCCCUUGGGGGCUGGGAGGGUGCCUGAGGGCGAGGAGGCCUGUGGGGAGGCCCGCACACCCCCAGCUGCCCACUCCAACCACUCCCCAGUCACCCAGGCCCGCGAGGGCAACCUGCCACUCCUCAAUAUUUGUUUUUUUGUUUUGUUGUUUUGGUCAAAACUGCACUUACAAUCAUUGAAGUGUGUGCGGCGGGGCCGGGCUGCAGCAGCAGCCGCUCAGGGCAAAGGGCAGGUGGGGCCAGGGGCUGGGCCCCUGGAGCUGGAGGGGGUGAAGGCCCCCUUGGAGAUAGGCCCCAAGGCAACUGAGGGCAGCCGGGAGGCCCCACUCAGUGGGCCUGAAUGUGAGGUGCCACUCAUGGGCUACCCAGGGCCCAGCCUCCAGGGGCCCCUCCCCGCCAAGCCUUACAUCUAAGCCUGCUAGUGAUGGGGCAGCCAGCGCCCCCUGCUGCCAACACCAAGGAAGUUCUCAGUCUGCACCACGGGGACAUGUGCACAGCGGGGCUGUGUGACCGAAGCCAGUCCCUGGCCCUCCCUGAAUGUCAGUUGCAUCUGCGAGAUUCUACGACCCAGGUGAGGAGCUCUAACAUCUCCCAAGCCUCUGAGGAUGGCAUCUACCCCAUCCUCUGCAAUAUGCAAUCCCUGGGGUGGGGCGUGGCGGGUCCUGCUGUGCUGGUAACACAGGCCGGGGCCCUGCUGGGCUCCCCCACCCCAAGGAGACUUGGGGGCCAGAAAAGGAAGCGCCCAGGAAGAGAGCAGAGAGAGAGUGGGGUGGGGCACAGACCAUGUGGCCCCAGUCUCAGCCCCAGAAAAUGAAGGAACAAAAGAAACUGAAAAGGAAGAUGCUAUAGGAACAUGUUUUGCUUCCAUUGUUUUGUUUUUUAAAGAUAUUUAUAAAAGAUCCUUUCCCAUUUAUUCUGGGAAAAUGUUUUUCAAACUCAGAGACAAGGACUUUGGUUUUUGUAAGAGAAAAUGAUAUGAAGGCCUUUUGUAAGAAAAAUAAAAGAUAAAAUGAAAUGUU